CGGCAUGAUUCGAUUUGGGGGCCUGUCUACCUGAUCCAACCUCUUGUCACCGGCCGCCCGGGUCCGACCCUCUUCGUUGAAGCCUCAUCCUUUUUAUUAUCCUUCCCUCUCCCACCCUCGUGCAACGUAGUACAUACAUGCACCUUGUGCAUCGCACUUAUACACGACAGACCUUUGUUGGUUAUGCUCCGUGGCCCAGCAGACCGGGUUCGUCAGAUGCUGCUGUGUCUGUCGGCGUGGUGAAGAUAGACUAUACGACGCUGACCUGCUCCCGCUUCCCCUCUCCUCGUCCCCUCCUCUUGGUGGUGAUGAUGUAUGGUUUAGCUCGACCUCACUCACAUCCAUGAGUCGGUCCGCACACGCUCCAGUUCUCUCUCUUACCUGUUGGACCUUGGCUGCGCUUCGCGUGCCCGAUGGACAGCGGCAAAUCCCCGACGUCGGCCCACAGCAGCGUCCACAGCCCCGGCUACAGCAGUAUCGUGGGCGCCUCUUCGCGCAGCGUGAAGCGCCCGCGCCCGGUCAAGAGCUGCUUGGAGUGCCGUAAGCGAAAGCUGAAAUGCGAUCGAGCCGCGCCGUGCUCCCAGUGCCAGAAGGCGCAACGAGCAUGCCGCUACGCUUCCGAGGGCGAGCGGGUUAGUCCCAGCGACGGGUCGGACGCCGAGGCUCCUGACAGACCCUCCAAGCGGAACUGCGCUUUGACGACCGGUCGGGACUCGAGCCGACACGAUUCCCACUACGCCACCAUACUCGAGGAACACGCAGCCAGACUCGAUCGGCUGGAAAACCAGAUGCUUCCGAGAGACCCGUCCGUCGAGGAGUCAGGCAGCGCCCGGAGCCAGCGUCCCGCCGCCUCGUCGCUCACGAUCCGCGGUCUGACGGUGAAGGGAGGCCUGCGAACACGGUUCUUUGGACAAAGUAGCACGCGCGUGCUGGUAAACCUCUUUGACGAGGCCAAGGAGUUCAUGUUUACCAGAAACAAGUCCAGCGACAUCCGAGAGAUGUUCCUGAAUAUCCAAAAAAUUCACAAGGCACUUCAGGAGGAGCAUCGCAAAGUCGCUGCUCCGCUCACGGUGUUCGUGGAUUCGGUGACGCCCAUCCAGAAGCGCAUGGCCGAUGUUCUACCCAGUAGAUCCGUCUGCGACACGCUCCUGAGCGUAUAUGUGACGGCCUCCGAGACCAUAUAUCGCGUUCUACACAUCCCCACAUUCACGCAACAGUAUAAUCGGUACUGGGACGGCUCCCCCCAACCCGACUCGUUUCUGCCCCAGCUCCUCUCGGUCAUGUGCGUGGGAUACCGGUUCCUCGCGGCCGGCAAGGGGCAGUUCCACGAUCGAGACGGUAUCCAUAUUCCGACGGCCAGUUCUCUCGUAAGAACCUGGCUCGAUACCCUCCGGGGCAAGCAGUUGGUCGAAUUCAGCACGCUGCAGGCUGAGGUCCUCCAGCUCAUGGCGCAGCGGAUGAUCAACCCGCAGAACCAAGAAUCCUGGACACAUCUCGGCCUCAUCGUCCGGAUGGCGAUGACGAUGGGUCUGCAUCGGGACCCGUCCGAGUUCUCGCACAAGAUCUCGCCAUUCUGGGGCGAGCAGAGGCGGAGACUCUGGUACGCGAUAGUGGAACUCGACGUGCACUUGUCGAUGCAGUGCAACCUCCCAUGCUGCAUCCGAGAGGGCGAUUUCACCUGUCUGCCGCCGAGAAACCUCGACGACGACGACAUCUACCCCGAACUCGAGGAGCUCCCUCCCUCCAAGCCGAUCGAGCAGAACACCGAUUCGCGCAUUCAAGUAUUCGCGGCAAAUACCUUGGCCAUGCGCUUCAAGGUCGUCGAGCUUAUCAACCGCACCGACAGCCUCCACGACUACCAGCAAGUCCUCGAUAUCGGCAGCGAGCUAGAGCGAGUUUUCGAAGACGUGAGAUACAUUGCCCCACCGUUCCACUCGAGCGAGUUGAAGGAGAUGCGGCGGGCGUGGGUGACACGGGUGGUUUUAGACAUGCACUGCCGCCGGCCGCUGCUGGCGCUAUACCGGCCGUUCGCCUUGAGCAGCCCGGACGCCCCGCAGCAGAUCAUGACGGGGUAUCUGCGGUCGUCGAUGAUUCUCCUCUCGUACUUGGACGAGUACGACCCCACGUCCCCCGAUUACCAACACGUCUGGCACAUGCACCAGCUGGUUCUCAAGCAGGACAUCCUCCAGGCCGCUUUCAGCAUAUGCUACUACAUGAAGCAGGCUAACAACAACGGCGCCGUAUCGCCGCGGUUGGCGGGUGCUGGCCCGGAGAUUAAGGCGGAGACCGUCGAGGAGUCGUGCGCGCUCGCGUCCGAGAGUUCGGUCAUCCUCUCCCCGCGGCGGCUCAAGAACGCCGUGCAGAAGGUGCUGGAUACGAUGCUCAAGCGCAUCCGGGAGAUCGACACAGAUUUGAGGGACAUCGUCUCGCUCACGGUCGUCUUUAACACCUGCCAGGGUGGGACGCCAGAAGAGAAGCGGGAGGCUAUUAAGAGAGGCGUGCAGGCGAUUCUAGACGCGGGGUUGCAGUCAAUACAUACGAACCAGGAGAAUAUCUCGUCAAUGCCGGUAGGUAGAAAGAGUCGCUUCCUACACAUAUUGCCAAGCACAUGUUGCUAACCUCCCUCGCCGUCCUCGAUAGAUGAUGUCGUCCUCCAUAUCGGCACCGAUGAAUUCUAUGCGGACGAGCUCGAGCUUCAUGACGCAGAC